AUGUUCUCUAGACCUGGUCCUAGGAUAGACGAAAUUGAUAAAGAGAUUGACUCUGCUUUUACGUCGCCUAAUAGUUUAUCUCCCUUUCCCAGUGACAGUAGUUCACAGGCAUCUUUUCUACGUGCAGAAAAGCUCUUUUCUAGUAAGAACAGUGGACCGGUUGGGUCUUUGUCAUACUCAAAUGGUGGGUCUGGGUUUGAGCACUAUGCUUCAAUGACUUCACCAACUAGUUCGAAUGAGAAAGUCGGUGAAGAGGACGGUGGUGUUAAUGCCGUCUCGAUGCCCCAAACGCCAGUUACUUCAACUGUCAAGGAUUGCAAUGGAAAUGUGAAGAGAAAGUAUUCGAGAAAUGGUUGUACAGAGUGCAAACGGAGGCGAAUAAAAUGUGACGAAACGAAACCAACCUGUUGGCAAUGUGCGCGGCUUAAUCGUGAAUGUGUAUAUGUAUUGAAUUUGAAGAACAAGAAGAGGAAGAACAGGGAAAAGGCAAGCGGGGCAAAAACUAGUGAAAAGGAAGCAAUCAUCAAGCAAAAGUUAAGAACACUGGCCACUCCAAAGGAUACCGCUGAAGAUAUGCAGUUACUCGAACUGCCAAAUGUGAUACCUGCAGGUCAUAUGGACGGAUAUGAUGCAAAUUUGCUGAUACAGAACCUCAAUGACAUUGUUAGUAUGAAACUGAAUGAUUCCCUGUUGGAUAAUGCAGAUUUGAAAAACCUAGAACUACCGAAUUGGGACAUCCCAGAGCUAAUGCCCAGCUCUAGGUCUUCAGCAAGCCCGUUGCCCAUAUCGUUUCUUGUGCAUAAUGUUAUCACUUUUAACACCAAGUUAAGUUCUUUCAAAUUGGGCGGUGUUCACGAUGAUUAUUUGGGGGUCUUCUUCAACGAUUGUUUGGACUCCAUUGCUCCUUUCUUCCAAGGGCAAGAAAACCCGUUGCGGGAUAUCAUAUUGUCUUUUGCGCGCAAUGAAUCCUAUCUCCUGUCAGCCACCUUGGCAGUGGGGGCCUCAAUAGCGUACCGAAAAUCAAACAGCUUUGACGAUGAGAAAAAUUAUUGCGGAUAUCUGUCCCAUUGUUUGAGCCUUCUAGGUGAGCAAUUUCAAAACGAAUCCAACGUCUUGAAUAAAAUCGAACCGAUAACGCUGACGGUUAUAAUGCUCGCAUGGGAUUGUAUAAACACCAUGAAUUCUCAAUGGAGAUCCCAUCUGAAGGGCGUCACGGAUCUUUUCAAGAAGAUUAAUUCCGGUAACUCAUCUAAAGUAAUGAAUGUUGCAAAAUGCUGGUUUAAGGUAAUGGAAACUUUUGCCAGCAUAAGCACUGUUUUGGGUGGUUCAGUCACAGACGAUGAUGAUCUCGAUCUCAUUUUCAAUCCUUUCGACUAUCAAUAUGUUGAUUCAUUGAGGUUUCUCAACAUCAUGACGCCGUUGAAUAAGUUCAACCUGUUGAGAGGGCACCAGGAAGACUUUGAUCUUGUUAUCAAGGAAGUUAUUAAAGCGUUGACGUCUAUCAGAAAGUCGGAGAAAUACUAUCUCACAAAAGAGGAGGAUAUUUUUACUAAAAACCUCGACUAUCUGUUAUGGUCUCCGCAGACCGACCCAGACAAGUCCACUGAACCAGUAAGCUACUUCAACACACAAAAGAUACUGGUGCAGAUAGAUCAACAGCUGGAUUAUCAAUUCAUUGACAAGUCCGGCAUAAUUCCACCCGAUAGCCAGUCGCAUCCAAAUAAUAGCAACAUACAGGACAACGCUAUCGAUUUGGUGACCUUGAGGAGUGGAGAGACAAUUGCGAUUAGCUGGUAUGAUAUCUCACACCAGACACAAGUACUUUCUUUUCUGCUUAUCGUCCUGUUAAAAUUGCUGGGUAUACCGAAGGAAUCUAUCACCAUCCAACAAGUGGUAAAGAAGAUACUCGGUUUUUUCAAAUUUCUCGAUAGUGAUUCUCCGCCAGCAAACUCAAGAACAUGUUAUAGUAACUUCGCCGUCCUAAUUGCUGGCCUAAAUGCUAUGGACGAAGAAACCAGAAAUAUUGUUAGGAGCUACUAUAAAUUGAACGGUGGGAGAUUUCAAAGAUUAACAGAGCAUAACCUGAAUAGACUUGAAAAGGUCUGGUACGGGAAGGACAGCAAGUAUAGAAUGUCAGACCAAGAUGUCUUGACAUGGUAG